AUGGCGUCCGUUUCCGAUCGACCUAAAAAUCCUUAUUUGGUAAUUGAUGGAAGACGUUUGGAUCCCGGAAACAUAUUCAUACCGGUUAAAGAAAACACGGAAUUAAGCGUCGCAUGCGUCGUUGAGGGUGGUAAUCCGCCCCCUACGAUUAAAUGGUCGCUGCUUUUAUCAUCGAACGUGGAAAAUUCCAUGAUGGGAGAAGAAACGAACGUUCCGGUAGAUCUAACCAACGUAACUGAAAACGUGCCAAACGAAAAAUCUGGCACGACAAAAAAAAUAUUUUCACAUUCUCACACCAGGAGCGAAGUCCGGUUAGAAAAUGUCAUGAGAGGACAUCAUAAUGCUACGGUUAUGUGUUUUGCACAUCACGUCACGUUGCCUUCUGCCUUAAAUGCGUCACUGCUUUUGGACGUUCAAUCGAGGGAUUCCAUCAUGGAUCCCGACGGGGAUCCCAUCGGGGAUCUCUCGUUGCUCGAGUGA